AUGGCCGACGCGCAGAGAGGUGGUGCUGGAGCGGCUCGCGGAGGAGGAUUCGGAUCGCGAGGUGACCGUGGAGGUGAUCGUGGGCGUGGACGCGGAAGGCGAGGGCCUCGUCGUGGCGCUAACAAGAAUGAAGAGAAGGAGUGGCAGCCCGUCACAAAACUUGGACGACUUGUCAAGGAAGGAAAAAUUAAGUCCAUGGAAGAAAUCUACCUACAUUCGCUCCCCAUCAAGGAAUACCAGAUUGUGGACUACUUCUUGCCAAAGCUAAAGGAUGAGGUCAUGAAGAUUAAACCUGUGCAAAAGCAAACUCGUGCUGGUCAGCGAACCCGAUUCAAGGCCAUCGUCAUAAUCGGUGACUCCGAAGGCCAUGUCGGCCUUGGCAUAAAAACUUCGAAGGAAGUAGCCACUGCUAUUCGGGCAGCUAUAAUCAUUGCAAAGUUGAGCGUAGUCCCUAUUCGAAGAGGAUACUGGGGCUCUAAUCUUGGUCUUCCUCACUCCCUUCCUACGAAAGAGUCUGGCAAAUGUGGAUCAGUUUCUGUUCGUCUCAUCCCUGCCCCUAGAGGAACCGGUCUAGUUGCCUCUCCAGCUGUUAAGCGUCUCCUACAACUAGCAGGUGUUGACGAUAUAUACACCUCCUCGUCCGGCUCUACCAAGACCUUAGAAAACACUCUAAAAGCUACAUUUGUGGCUGUCAGCAAUACUUAUGGAUAUCUCACCCCCAACUUAUGGAAGGAGACUAAGCUAAUCCGCAGUCCUCUUGAAGAGUUUGGAGAUGUUCUACGAGCUAGCAAGCGCUAA